AGGUAACAUCAAAGAUAUUCAGGCUUUACUAGAGACUCAAAAUUUACUGCGCACUCAGGUUGCAAAUUUUACCUUCAACCUUGGAUUUUCAGGAAAAUUUUACCACACAGGGACUGAAGAAGAAGAUGAAGGCGACGACCUGCUGUUGAGAUCUGUGGAUGAGUUUUGGUGGUUUCCCCAUAUGUGGAGUCACAUGCAGCCUCACCUCUUCCACAAUGAGUCAUCACUGGUGGAGCAGAUGAUCCUCAACAAAGAAUUUGCAAUAGAGCAUGGCAUACCGACUGAUAUGGGGUACGCAGUGGCUCCACACCACUCUGGCGUCUACCCAGUUCACAUCCAGCUGUAUGAGGCCUGGAAGAAGGUCUGGCACAUCCAAGUGACCAGCACAGAAGAGUACCCACACCUGAAGCCUGCACGGUACAGACGGGGCUUCAUCCACAAUGGCAUCAUGGUGCUCCCUCGACAGACCUGUGGCCUUUUCACUCAUACUAUUUUUUACAAGGAAUAUCCUGGGGGUCCUCAGGAGCUGGACAAAAGUAUCCGAGGAGGUGAACUCUUCCUCACCAUUCUUCUGAAUCCCAUCAGCAUCUUCAUGACCCAUUUGUCUAAUUACGGGAACGACCGCCUGGGCUUAUACACCUUUGCGAACCUGGCCAACUUUGUUAAGAGCUCGACUAACCUGAAACUGCAGACGCUGCCCCCUGUUCAGCUGGCUGAGAAGUACUUUGAGCUCUUCCCGGAGCAGACAGACCCUCUUUGGCAGAAUCCGUGUGACGAUAAACGACACAGGGAUAUUUGGUCCAGAGACAAAACUUGUGACCACCUACCCAAAUUUCUUGUGAUAGGACCCCAAAAAACAGGAACAACAGCGCUUUAUUUAUUUCUUCUGAUGCACCCUUCCAUUAUCAGUAAUCUCCCUAGUCCAAAAACUUUCGAAGAAGUUCAGUUCUUCAAUGGAAACAACUAUCACAAGGGAAUUGACUGGUACAUGGAUUUCUUCCCCGCUCCUUCCAACAUCACCACCGACCUCCUCUUUGAGAAAAGUGCCAACUAUUUCCAUUCUGAGGAAGCUCCUAAGCGAGCUGCUUCCCUCAUCCCCAAGGCCAAGAUCAUCACCAUCCUCAUUGACCCAUCUGAUCGGGCGUAUUCCUGGUACCAGCAUCAGCGAUCACAUGAGGACCCUGCUGCCCUGAAAUUCAAUUUUUAUGAAGUCAUUACGUCCAGCCAUUGGGCACCCUCAGAGAUAAGGACUCUCCAGAAGAGAUGCCUGACACCCGGAUGGUAUGCUGUCCAUAUCGAAAGAUGGUUAGCUCAUUACCCUCCUUCACAGUUGCUUAUUAUUGAUGGACAGCAGCUAAGAAGUGACCCAGCUACUGUGAUGGAUGAAGUGCAGAAGUUUCUCGGAGUGUCUCCUCAUUAUAAUUACUCUGAAGCCCUAACCUUUGACCCUCAGAAAGGCUUUUGGUGCCAGCUGUUGGAAGGAGGGAAAACCAAGUGCCUGGGAAAAAGCAAAGGUCGAAAAUACCCACCAAUGGACCAAGAGUCUCGAGCGUUUCUGUCGAGCUACUACAGAGACCACAACGUGGAGUUGUCCAAGCUGCUGCACAGGCUGGGGCAGCCCCUGCCCUCCUGGCUGAGACAGGAGCUGCAGAAGGUCAGGUAGCACGCAAGGGCAGUGGACCCAAAUAAGGACGAUUUUCUUCACCAUCAAACCCCUUGCUUUUCCGACUCACUUGUGAUUGUCAGUAGAGGACCUCAUGAAAAACGCUCUUUCU